AUGUCGGUUUUCGGUUUUCACCAUCGAAAGGAAGGAUUUGACGGGAAUGAAGCUGAUAGUUGGGUUGUAGAAGCCCUUGACAUGCCCAAGGAAAGUGCACAUAAAGUGUUUGUAGAAAUGCACAAGAGAGAACAAGAGUUGAAGCAGCUGAUAUACUCCAAUGAUAUUCCAGUGAUCACGGAUAAUCCAUCAAUCUUACGUGAAAGGCCUCAAUUCCAUCUCCUUUAUGAAGAGCUUGACUCCAUGAUCCAAACCAUUUUCAACCAUGAAGACCAAGAUCUACACAACUUUGAAGAAGUGAGCAAACUGAAGAAAAGAUUCAAAGCUGCAGCUGAAGAGGCAGAAGAUACUGUUGAUGUCUUUCUAUCCACUGUCCACUGUAGAAAUAACGGAUAUUUCCCUAGAUCUGAUGUCUUUCAGCCCUCUCUCCACCUUGAGGUUGCUAUAAGAUCAAUCGAGUCUAUCAAGAUAGAGUUCAUGACCAUUAACAUCGAUAACAUGAAGAUGGACUCUUCUCUGAGAACUGAUAGACUGCAAACACAAUCUGCUGGAACUUCCCACACUAGAAAUUCAAGGGGUUCAAAGAAAUUAUUGGAAAAUGUCGUUGUGGGGUUUGAUCGUAAGACUACCCUUGCUAACAAAGUGUUCACUGAUCCUUAUGUUGCUUAUCAUUUUCACGUCCGUGGAUGGGUCACUGUUUCACAAACAUAUGACAAGAGGGAUCUGUUGAUUCAAGUUCUGUCAUCCAUAGAUGAUCAAUUAGAGCUUGAGAAAGCAACGGACUGUCAACUCCGUGCAAUGUUGCACAAACGCCUAAUGGGUAAGAGAUAUUUAAUUGUUAUUGAUGAUAUCUGGAGUAUAGAGGCAUGGGACAAGUCGCAGUUGUUUUUCCCUGAUGAUAACACUGGAAGUCGAAUUCUGCUUACGAGUCGCCUCACUGAAGUGGCUUCACACGCAAAAUCACACGGACUCAUUCAUCAAUUACAACAUUUGACUGAAGAAGAAAGUUGGAAGUUGUUGUGUGAGAAGGUGUUCCAAGGAGACGAGUGCCCCCAAUGGUUGAUUGAACCUGGAAAGCAAAUUGCAAAAAACUGUCACGGAUUGCCUCUUUCUGUGGUUGUGAUGGCAGGAGUUCUAGCAAAAGAAACAAGGACUAAAGAUUUAUGGCUAAAAAUUUCUUGCAGUUUCCAUUCAUACAUUGCUAGUGACGAGAAAGGAUGUCUGGAAACAAUAGCAUUAAGUUACCACCAUCUACCUCCUCACUUGAGAGACUGCUUUCUCUAUCUUGGAGGGUUUCCAGAAGACUACCCGAUCUCCUCACCAAGGUUGCUUUGGUUAUGGAUGGCUGAGGGAUUUAUACAAGAAGAUGGAAGUCAAAGCUUGAAGGAAAUUGCAAACGGUUACCUGAUGGAUCUAGUUGACAGAAAUCUUUUAAUCAUAGACAAAUGGUAUGCCUGGGGUGAUGUCAGACGUUGUAAAGUCCAUGAUCUUGUGAGGCAGGUAUGUGUGGAAAAAGGAAAAGAAGAAAAUUUCUUCCUGAAAAUAGACUCCCCACCAUCUAAUAAUGUUUGUGAGGUAAUUACCACAUAUAAGAAACGCCGUGUGGUCACAAAUCAAGAAAUGCACAUUAUGAGUUCGUCUCUUCCAACCACCCCAAGUGUUCGAUCACUAUUGUGCUUUACUAGGAAAACAACCAUAACUGACAUUAUCUCAAAGUUUUUCCCCUCCUUUUCACUACUUAGGGUGUUAAGUCUAGAAAAAUGUAGAUUGCUUUAUUUCCCCCCUGGUUUAGCAUUACUAGUUCACUUAAGGUACCUCUACAUUUGGCUGUCAUCAUUUCAACCAUCAAUAUGCAUUUUAUGGAACAUUCAAACCCUCAUUGUUAAAACAAGUUCUAGUCCUAUGGUUUUACCUAGUAACAUAUCAAAUUUGGUGAAUCUGAGGCAUCUAAGAAGUAAUGCAGAUCUUUAUCUUCCUUCAGUUGGAAAACCAUUGAACUUGGAAUUUAUUACAAAGGUAGAGUUGGGAGAUGGGGUAGAUAAUUUUAAGAAAUGUUUUCCCAGGAUCAAGGAACUUACAUCUACUCUUUACUCCGACAAGGAAAAUGACUUUAAGGUACUCCAUUACCUUCAAAUCCUGACGUUAUUUGGAUCAGUUCAGCGAGAAUUUCGCAGAAGUGCACCAAACUUAGGAAAGAAUCACAUUAUUAGGUUCCCUGAAACACUGAAAGUACUUACACUUGUAAGGUGUGGUCUACCAUGGAGCAACAUGUCAAUCAUUCAAUCAUUACCUAAUCUUGAGGCUCUCAUACUAGAAGACAAUGGGUUUGAGGGAACCCUGUAG